AUGUCCUAAAGGAAGAAAAAAAUAGAAGCAACACCAACAAGGGUUGCUUUGGUUUGCUUGAAGACUACAUAGAAUAAUAUCUAAAUCAAUAAUCAGUCUUUAUUAAAAGUUUUCUCCAAACAUGGCUCUAUAUCAAAAGUAUUCCAAAUUUGCGAUAUAUAAUAUAAUAGAUUUUAAUAUUUGAAAGAGGAUAGCUUUAAACGAAAGUAUUCAUCGAAUAUGAUGAAGUUGAUUCUGCUAUUGAAGCAAUCAAGUAUGGAUUCAAUCCUUUAUAGUAGAUCUCUGAACAACACUAAAAUCUUAAAUUAAAUUUCAUGCAAUGUUUAUCAUUCUAGGUUGAAGUAACUUAAACUUGAUACUGUUCCAUAUACAAAAGGUCUGGACUUUACUAACCCUCCUUCCAAUACGAGCGAGUAAAUGGAGUGGAAUGAAGAAUAACAAGAAAUAGCCAGAAUCAAUUAAUGGGAGGACUUUUAAUUUGAGAAUGAUUCAACUGAUGAGGUUUCUGAUGAAGAGGAACCUUAGUUUUCAGAAUAGAAAAUGAUUGAUAUAAUUUCUAAACUCAAUUAAAUAGAUGAUGAAAUAAAUAAAACAAUUGAAACUAAAAUUGUUACAGCUCUGGAUAAAUUACACCAAAAUACUAUGUGCAUUCAAGUAUUAAUCACAUAUGAUGUAUUGAAUGAUAUGAAUUUCGUUAUCAAAAUAUUUUGUCUCUUUGGAUAAAUUGUAAAAUUUUAUCACUAUUUAGAAAUAUUUAAAAUAAAGCUAAAUUUAUAUUUAUAUCAAAUACGGAUCCAAUCAGUAAUGCUAAAAAGCAUUCUCAUUUCUAAAAGAUUAUUUAGAAAUUAAACUUUAAUAUAAUUUUGAAAAUGUCAAUGGUAAAUUAAUUUAACCCAAUAAUAUUAUUGAUUAAAACUCAUAGGAAACAAUGGAUGAUUAAUUGGCUAUCUAAGAACUUUUCUAGUCAUAUAAAAUUAUUAAAUAGUAGAACAAUAGCUUAAUAUAGAUAAAACAGUGA